GAAAUUACAUUGUUUUAUUCAAUUUCCAAGUGGAAAAAAUAUAAUUUUGUAGUUUGAGUAUUCAAGGAAGAAUGACAUCGUUCAUAGAAACCAACCAAAAGAUUAAAAAUCGUAAAAUGAAAGUUAAAUUGUUCGAUCGUCUUUGUCAAAAGUUCAUUUAAAUCUACGGCCGACACAAAUUAACUCUUUCGUUCCGUGUCUUCAAGAGGGACUUACGGCAUUCAUAGAAACCGCCCGCAGGUUUCAGACUCGUAGCAAGAUUAAAGUAAAAUAUCUCAAUCGCAUCUUUCAAGAGGUCAUUCGAAUCUACAACCGGUGAAAACACACUCUACCCCGGACUUCCAAGAACCGCUCGCAGCAUUCAUGGAAUCCGCCCAAAGGUUCCAAAAGGCCAGAGUUAAACUGUUCGACCCUAAAGCUGCUUUAAACGUGCGGGUGACAAAAAUACACUCCUCCAACCCGAGUUUCCAACGCUCGCAGCGUUCAGAGAAACGCUCCUUAAGCCUCGAAGGUAGGGGGCCGAGAUGAACGCGUUCGAAACCGAAUUUAGGUAACCGAUUCAUGGUGCAACUGGCAAACGAGAAGAUGAGGAACAAUGGUGGACGUGUGCGUGUGCGGUUAGAGAGCGGUGUGGAGGGCUGGGGUUGACGCGUCGACGCGCACAGGCGUCGAAGGCAGAGCGGCCGUCGUCGGGCGGCCGUUCAUGGAAACGAAGCAAUCUGGUGGGGGAUAACGGAAGUAUGCAGUUCGUAUUGAGGCAGGUCGGUGCAGCGCCACGAGUCGCGCUCCAGGCGCAGAGAUCAAUGCACCCACCCUCUUCGUGUCUCGUCUUCGACGUCCACGUUGAGUCCGCGAGCAUCGGGAUGCGAGCCACAGGAUCGCGAGAGCCCUCCACCUGGGCCACGUAGAUCAACAAAAAUGGGAGAGUACUGUUUAAUAAAACACGUGCAAAGAAAUAUAUUCCAGUAAGAAGCCUGCAGGAUGAACCUGAAGACGCUGUCGACCCCCACGGUGAAGUGCUGAGCUCGGGGCAUUAAGGGUGCUUUCACACCGUAAAUCUUAGUUGUAGAAGACCUGAAUCUGCUAAUAUGCGGGUUGGAUAUAUUAGACGCGUGAGAAAACACAUGCGAGGUCAGUGAGGCAAGUGAUUAAGGAGUCUAGCAGGAUGAACUUGAAGAUACCUACCCCUGGGAGCCCAGCAACUGGCCAUUGAGGAUACCUCCACACUAGUUACGUACUUGGAGGCCUGGAUUUAAUAACAUAUUUUGAGGGGAGAGAUAAGAAUGUUAACCAAGAAUCAUUCGGGCCACAGCUCUGGGAAUCUGGCGUCAGCGUUCCACCGAUGAGUCCAGCGCCUGGAAUGAUAAAUGGUGACCUAGUAGAGACUGGGAGUGGAGGGUGGAGUUGAUCCGAAAGGUAGCCGAAGAAUGGACGGUCAGGAGACGUAGGGACGCAGCUCGAAGAGGAGGAGGACCAACCUAACUGUAGCCGAUGGACACGGUAUGAUGAUCAGGUUGUACCCAGGUGCAAGACAUCUGUAUGAUCAGGGUAACCUGGAGAACGAUGUCGAGGAGGUACCUAACCUGAUCAUGCAGAGUCCAUCGAGGAAACGGAAGACGGUCUGCGCCGGUGCUGAGAGUUUAAAGAGACUGUUAUGAGAGGAGCAAAGGGAGUGCGUAACGAGGACGUGUAUCGACGGGAACAGAGGCCCUUUCUUCCCGGAGUGUUCUCGACCCUGUCCCAAUUUCCAGCCAGCCUCCACAAAGCGGAGGACGAGAUGUCACGGAUUAAUGGAUCCGCAACGAUCGGAGAACAUGAGCUUGUGAAGAGGAUGAGAUGUGGAUGGGUCCAGAGAUAGAGGAAUGACGAGUAGAGCAAUAGGUUCAGCUGUAUGAACUGUCGUUACGUGUAGGCAGAAUGUUCAAGAGCAGGAUCUUCCAGGGCGAUCUCAGCCCUGUCCCCAUUCCGGGCAGCCUGCAACAGUCCAGCCAGCAGAGUCAGCAGGGUGAACAGGAGUUGGCGACGAAGAUGUUGCAGAUUCAGAGCAAAAGAUUCUAUCUGGAUGUAAAACAGAACAGACGUGGAAGGUUUAUCAAAGUAGCCGAGAUUGGUGCGGACGGGAGGAGAAGUCAAAUUUACCUGGCGCUCAGUACAGCAUCCGAGUUCCGGAACUACCUUUCGACGUUUAGUGACUUUUACGCAUCCCUAGAUCCUACAGGUCCACCAAGCUCGGAGAACGUACCAGACGAUGGGAAACUGAAAUCAGAAGUGAUGACCAAGGAUAACAGGCGGUAUUAUUUGGACCUGAAGGAAAAUACUCGCGGCCGUUUCCUGCGGGUGUCGCAGACGAUCACAAGAGGAGGACCCAGGUCGCAGAUCGCGAUACCGGCACAGGGUAUGAUAGAAUUUCGUGACGCGUUGACAGACCUCCUUGAAGAGUACGGUACGGACGAUGGCGGUUUCAAGGGUGACUUACCAGAGGGACGAUACAUGCGCGUGGAUAGCAAGAAUUUCUAUUUUGAUAUCGGCCAGAAUAACCGUGGUAUCUACAUGAGAAUUUCCGAGGUGAAGACGCACUUCAGAACAGCUAUCACCGUACCCGAGAAAUCCUGGGCGCGUUUCCGUGACAUAUUCGCGGACUACUGUGAAAGAAUGCGAGAAAGAGGUGCCGGUAGCAGCGUGGGGAUGAACAGCGGUGGCGGUGGAAAUGUCUUACCGGAGGGAAGGGGCUCGGUGGUGGCACAGGUAACGCAGAAAGUCGGUGGCAUAAAAAACAAAACGGAAAAGCGGCAGGCCGACCAACGACAACGCGAAUCCUUGAAACGACGCAAAUCCUUGCCACGCCAAACGGAACCUUCCUCGAUUAAUCCUGACAAAUCCAUGCCCGCUCCUGCUAUACAAGUCCCGACGACCACCACUACCGAUAUUCCGAUGUCUUCUGGCUCUGCUGUAACGUCAAGUGCAAGCAAAAGCGCGAUGUCUGAGGAGAAUAUUUCUAGCGGUUCAACAACAUCGCAAGAAAUUCAAGGAAUCCCGCGUUUAGAAACGGUGCAGGUGUAAUACUGCGCUGGUGUUCUGCACACCCGCGCAUGCGCAGUUACGAAGCGCGGGUAAUUCGCGCAAAAUUAUGCGAUUUAUUUCAGUUCACCGCGCAGUCAUCGGGGUGUAUAGUUUAAUUUGUUCCUUUGUGUACCGAAUCGUUUAGUGAAUAAUUUAGUUUCCUUCUUGAGACGGAUAACAUUCAACUCUUACGGGAAUAGUUUGCUUGUUGAUUAUUGAAAAGUUUAGUUUCAAACGGACGCGAGUUUCGUGUUGACGAAUGGUGCGUGCGCGCGUGUUUUCUUCAUCCUUUUCACAUGAAGGUAUUCUAAUCUUUCCUUUCACGAUAAAAUUAUUGCUUCAUAAAUAUCCUUUUACGGAAAUUUUGACGGAAUAAAAGUAACUGUGCAAUUUCGAUUAUGUUUUUUGAAAUGUUAUCACGUAUAUGAAUGAAUUUGAAUUUAGACGCCAUUUUAAAAUUCUGAAUUGUAAUUCAAUAGGGUAAAUAUUUAAAUAACAGAAAAAGCUCAUAAGUAAAUAAUUUAAAAUUUGAAUAGCAAUAUAGUUUAAUUGGUAAAUCGGAUAACGCACCAUUUUUUACACAAUUUGAAAAUGAAGAAACGUUAUGUCAAUCUUGUUAAGUAGAGAAAGAAAUAUUAAAUAACUUGAAUUUCUGUUCUUUUUUUCUCGUUUGUUUUAGUAGAGAUGGAUUGGUAUCGUUAAAUAGUUUGCUUGUUUUUGAACGAAAUAAUAGUGAUAAGUUUUGCAAAAAAUAGUGUCUGGUUAUUGAUUGGAUUUCACCUUAACUUUGCGUACUAAAAGAGAAAGAUAAACAGGGAAUAAAAACACCCAUUGUAUGCGAAUAAUAAGUUAAUUAUUACAUUCUGUUCAAAACCAUUAAAUUUAUAUUAUGCACUUAAAUAAUAAUUUAAUAAAGA